GAUUAAAAGACAGCUUCACUUUGAUAUGUAUCUCUUUUUAGGGCGUCUCAGCAAAGGGUGCCAUAUUGGAUGAGGCUUCCCUUACUUGGAUUUAUUGUUUCACGUGGACAGAGAAAUGAAAGAGAUAUUUAUCCUGUGAUUCAGGACAGUAGCCUUCCUUUAAUGCAUCUCCGCUGGAGGUCUUCCAAGAUAAUUGGAACUUUCCACUGACAAGGCCAGCUUCUGUUUUUAUGGCAACUUCCAAGAGUCAUCCUGAUAUCAAUCAGCUUGUUUGUCCAGUUAUUGUUUUGAUAGCUUGGCUUCUGGUUGUUGUCAGCAGUUAGUAGUUGUUAGCCUCAAGUAGUAAUAGCUACAUCUUCUCUGUUGAACCUUCUUGAACUGAGAUAUAAUACUAAUUGAACCUGCCAAGUUGACACCAUGAGCUUUACUGAACUCUUGGAACAUGUUGGCAGCAUGGGACGCUAUCAGAUUGUCUUUGUGACGCUCUUGGUCAUCCCUGUGUUCAUGAUGGCCAGCCACAAUUUACUACAGAACUUUACAGCUGCCACUCCCGAGCACCACUGUCUGGUUCACUAUGGUGCCACUCAUGAGACUCAAAACCUUACCUAUGAGGAGCUCAUCAAAGUCUCCAUCCCCUUGGACAAGAAGCAACAGCGGGAGCAAUGUCUCCGUUUCGCCCACUUCCAGUGGGGGCUCUUGGACCCGAAUACCACCAAUGUGAACAGGACUGAGAUGGAAACAGAGAUGUGCAGUGAUGGGUGGACAUAUAACCGAAGCAUCUUUCCCAACACCAUCGUCACAGAGUGGAACCUGGUUUGUGCCUCCAGAACACUGAAGGAGAUGGCUCAGUCACUCUACAUGGCUGGAAUUCUGCUGGGGGGCAUUGUAUUCGGAAACCUUGCAGACAGGUUUGGACGCCGAUCACUUCUCAUCUGGUGUCACUUGCAGAUGGCCAUCAUGGGUACAGCCACGGCCUUCUCCCCUAGCUUCAGUUUCUACUGCGCCUUCCGUUUUCUGACAGGAAUGGCCUUCUCGGGCAUUGUGAUGAAUGGUGUCUCACUUUCUGUGGAAUGGACACCCACAAAGACACGAGCAGUGGUGGGCACCUUGAAUGGCUAUGCCUACACCACCGGACAGUUCAUCUUGGCAGGUGUGGCAUACCUCAUCCCGGACUGGCGCUGGCUGCAGCUCACUGUCUCUCUACCUUAUUUCAUCUUCUUUUUCUACUCCUGGUGGUUUACUGAAUCUGCCCGCUGGCUGGUGAUAGUUGGGAAGCUGGACCAGGCUGUGAAGGAGCUCAAGAGGGUGGCCCGGAUCAAUGGAAAGGAGGAAGCUGGUGACAAGAUAAACAUAGAGACCUUGAGGUCCAAGAUGAAGGAAGAAAUAGCAACGGUGAAAUCUAGGUAUACAUUUGCUGACUUGGUGCGGACACCCACCAUGCGCCGGAUUUCUUGUUGCCUCUGCUUUGUGUGGUUCUCUACCAGUUUUGCCUAUUAUGGGCUAGCCAUGGACCUGCAGAACUUUGGUGUGAAUAUCUACUUGGUCCAGAUGAUAUUUGCAGCUGUUGACUUCCCUGCCAAGUUCAUCUCAGUGCUCACAAUCAGUUUCAUCGGGCGCCGGUUCACGCAAGCUGUGGCUCUCAUCCUUGCCGGGAUAGCAAUCCUAGUGAACAUCUUCAUUCCGCAAGAUAUGCAAACUCUCCGCACUGUCUUUGCAGUCUUUGGGAAGGGGUGUUUGGCUGCCUCUUUCAACUGUGUCUAUUUAUACACUGGAGAACUUUAUCCGACAGUGAUCAGGCAGACUGGUAUGGGCCUGAGUAACACCAUGGCUCGCUUGGGUGGCAUGGUAGCCCCGGUGGUGAAGAUGUCUGGCGAGAACAUUCCCUUCCUGCCCCUGGUGAUCUACGGGGUUGCUCCCAUCGUGUCUGGCAUAGCUGCUGCUUUCUUACCAGAAACCCUCAAUGUCCCACUGCGGGAAACGAUAGAACAAGUUGAGAUGCAAUCUCGGCUCCGGAAGGAUGAAAAGAAACAGAUAAAGGCCCUUCUCAGCUCCACCAAGCCUGAAACAGAAAAGGUCAUCAUGAGUUAAGAAGAGAAAAGCCCGCCAUGGACUGUAUUUUGGAGACAGCAAUCGUGUCCACGAUGCACAUUCUGUGCUUUGGAAAGAGGCCAACACUUUGCAUUCUGGGACAUUUUAUAGAUGGGCUAAGUAACAGGAGGAUGGGAUGGUCAAUUGGACAGUCUGGAUUUUGAGGAAAGGCAGGGUGGGUUGAUGGUGAUUUUACUUUCUCUCUGAUUUCAAGUCACUUGCCGAUCAUGGCAUUUUUAACCCGCCAAUUACAGUCUGGCCGUCUCUACAUUCUGAAAGGAAGAUAUUUGGGGCUGAACUAUUUUGGAGGGUCACAUUCCAUAUCCCUGGAAGCACUUAAAGCUUGCACACACGAUCUGAAUGGCUGAGCCCACUUCCCUCCGUUAGUCUCCUCUUAUCAUCUCAUGCAGAGGAGUUAGCCGUGUUAGUCUGUGGUAGCAAAAUCAAAAAGAGUCCAGUAGCACC